CCACACACUACCCACAUUCAUAUUACAAAUUUACCGUCAUACUUUAUUUUAAGACUCUUCCAUACCACAUCUACCAUAUCUACCAUAUCUACCAUCAAUACUUUUACAUAUACAUAUACACACACGUAUACACACACAUACACACAUACACACAUACAUACAUACAUACAUAUCCUUAUUCUAUCCACUUCCAAGUAUACGCUCGGAAACUCCCAUUCAACUCGUAUUCUUUCAGCACGAACCAAAGCUUUGGAAUCUGGCGAAUACCGACCUGAAAAGAAGAACAAUACUCAAGUACACCCUUGAACAAUUGUCUGUCAUCCACCAAUCUUCGGCCAAGAUUUCCGAAAUUUGCGACACCACUUCCAUCUGACUCGCUGCAUUUGGGGUUAACAGGAAAAAAAAAAAAGAUUGCGGAUCCAACAGUGCAUAUUUGGAAACAACUCUAGAUUUGUUCGACCUUCGUCCAAUCGUCGCAAAUUCGGAAAAUUUAAGUGUGCUCAAAGGGAUCGUUCGAUUUAACAACCCCUCCCCCGAAGAACAGAAACACAAAUAUAUUCAAAGAAUAUAGCCAUAAGCUCAUUUUCUGCGGAAGCAUCCUAGGAUUGGAUUCGGUUGCGGGAUUACUGUUACAUUGGGCGAGGACCGUCCGAGAAGGAGGUGUGUCGCUCCAACAAAAUGCCUGGAACGGCACAAUACCUUGAGCGUGGGGGGUAUCUACAAAGAUUCCGCGACUCAUCUGAAGACUGGCAUACAAGUGGAGACUCGCAAAUAAAUAAUAAUACAGCAUCAGAAUCGAUAGGGACACAGCACGAUUAUAGAUUUCCUCGAAGGCCCGAAAAUCAAUCUACUCAACCGACAUCUGCGAAUCAAUCAACGACUACUUACGAUAAUAUUAACGACCAAACAAAGAGCUCUGGCGCGAGCGCAAAAGCUCAGGAAGACAAACUGGAUCACCCAGCGUCAAGCCGUGCGCGCGAUGAUUUGCUUGGUGAGAGUUUCUUUCCGACUUGGAAAGAUGGCUCUGCCGGCGAGGAGCUCGAUAACACGGAUGAGAUGCAAAAGAAGGAUCCUUUGGCAACACAGAUCUGGAAGUUAUACAGUAAAACAAAAAAGACUCUGCCAAACCAGGAGCGAUUGGAGAACUUGACAUGGCGCAUGAUGGCAAUGAAUCUGCGAAAGCGCAAGCAGGAGGAAGAAAAUGCUCGUUUAUCUCAACAAAAUCAGACUUCGACUGGACCAAGUGGAAUUGCUCAGCUGAGAAAAUCUACAGACCAAAAUACUGUAGACACUUCUGAUGCCAUGAAUUUGGACGAUUAUAUCCUUUCCGAUAGUAUAUCCACACCAACAGGAAUCGCCACGUCGCCUUCCCCGGAACUUACGAAAAAAGAGAUUGACAGAUCGUCUAACUCGAUAGCUUCGGCGAUUCCUAUCAAAAUGCGGAAAGAAUCGACACAGCACUUUUCGGUCCCACAAUCUGUCCCGGUUCCUCACCACGCUCCUCGAAGUAACGAAGAAUUUAAUUACGUGCAGAGAAACGUGAGGAAAACAAGUAUUGAUGAGCGACGUGCCCGCAAACGACCGGCCGAUUUUUCGCCGCAAGUCAACAGCAUAAUGAUUCCAAAUGACCCCGAUGAUCUUCAAGAAUACUCUUUGAAUCAAUCUCACCCACCAUUUAACCACGGAGUGCCAGGUGUACCAUUUCAACUAGACACUUUCAACAUGGACAAUGACCCGAUUAUCACCUCGGCAGGCCCUUUCCAACAAAACUUUAACUUCUCUCCCUCCCAUUCACCCCUCGUUCCCCAUGGACCAUUCUCUUCGAUGUACAACAAUGCUUCGAUGCCGUCUUCCUCCUUGAACUCAAACGACUAUUAUUCUCCUCCUGGAAGCGCUUAUCCUUCCACAGUCUCUACUCCUCAGCCCAUUCCAGAGGGACAGGAAAUGUACUUUUCACACGGAAUGAAUAUGCGACACCAACGCCCUCACACUUUCAAUCAAGGGCCUUCAAGCCUUUCCAAUUCUAUGGCACCGCAAUAUAUGUACAACGGCAACGGAGGAUCAAUGUUCACUGCAGUGACAACCUCCGGCCCCUCGAACAACUCCUUUGCCUCCGCCGGUGGAUUUAAUCUGUCACAACACAUAGAUCCAUCUCAAGUCUUCCAACCCGAUCAUCCUGUGCGAUCCCCUGGUGUCCAGAUUGGUCACGAAAACAUGUUUUCAUUUGGAGCCGAUUCCGAUAACGAAGAUGAUGAAAGUCAAGCUUUUGCCGAUCGAACACUCAUGUUACAGCACGAUUUUGCCCAGUCACCUUUGGACGACCAGAACAUGGAUAUGCAUGGAAGUGGCAGCUUGCAGUGGGAUGCUAGUUUGUCAGGACAAUUCAAUACUCAGGCAGCACGAUAUCCAGGAGGUCCGCCAAGAAAACAAGUCACCAUUGGAGGAACAGAGAUGGUGUCGUCACCAUUAGAGUGGGAUGGAUCUGGAGGUUCCCUUGGGAGACAUCACGGCUCUACACAAUCUGUUUCCGAUAACCGUUCAAGAAAUGACAGAAGACAAAAGAUUCCUCGAACUGCCUCGACACCAAAUGCAGUACUUCUCGGCCAGAAUAGCAUGUUUGACAACUCAGGCCCUUCUGCAUCAAAUUCACCACCGGAUACCAACAACAUGUCAGGAUUUUCAUCAGUUGCACCCAGUAGACCAGGAUCUCCUGGUGGAUCUAAGCAUGGCUCGACUACCAAUUUAGCGGCAGCUGGUCAAGGAGAUAAUGGGGUACCAACAACUUGUACGAAUUGUUUUACACAAACAACACCUCUCUGGAGACGAAACCCUGAAGGUCACCCACUUUGCAAUGCCUGCGGUCUCUUCCUUAAGCUCCACGGUGUUGUACGUCCCUUAUCCUUAAAAACCGACGUCAUCAAAAAGCGAAAUAGAGGAUCUGGUGCUACACUUCCUAUUGGUAACUCGGGUGGCGCUUCAACGAGAGCUUCUAAGAAAAUAGGCACAAUGAGCAGUGGACCCAACACUAGAAAGAACUCGAUAGUUGCAGCAACAAGCAUGGUCAGCACAGCCCCGCAAACUCAAGUAACAACACCCACGAGCAGCCAUGGAAGAAAUGCCAAUGAGAGUGCUAGCCCCCCUUCAAUUACAGGUUCAUUAGGAAAUGGAGGAAGCACUGCGGGCAGUACUCCAACUUCCUACCAUGGUUCUGCGGGCUCUUCUUCAGGCACAACAGGUGUUAGCGGAGGCAAGGGCGUGGUUCCUAUAGCAGCUGCUCCACCCAAAGCAACACCCGGCCCUGGUGCAGCAUCUAGUAUGCCUCGAUCAAAUGCAGUACCUAAGCGACAAAGAAGACAUAGCAAAAGUGUUAGUGCAAUUGAGAGUAUGGAUAUUGAUUCGCCUGAAGCUUCUACUGGUAGCAACGAGGCUGCAAAGUCUAUUGGCAUGGGAUUGAUGGGCACCAAUGGAUCCAUGGGCCUAGGCAAUGGAUUUGGUAUGCCAGCAAGACCAAUGAUGGGGCAAGGAGGUUCUGGAAUGCAAAUGGGCAUGGGAGGUUCACAACAUGGAAUGACUAUGAAUAGUCAAAAUGGACCUAAUGGCUCCGGUGCUGGUCCUCAAGAAUGGGAAUGGCUAACCAUGAGUCUCUGA